UUUGAGAAAAAUGCUUUUGCGGAAAUAUUACUAAACCUAUAGUGUUUUAUGUAAUAAUUUAAACCUUACGCAGGGCAAGCAAUAAUAGGAAACCAUCAACAUGUUAUAAAUAAUGUUUACCUUCAAUCUUCAGCACAGACCAAAUAAAAUAAGUCAUUAGAAAGGUGCUCUACAGAAAGCAAACAAUUGUUAUCAAAAUUUGUGUUUGUUGAUAAAUUAUAAUAUAAAACUAUCUUCACAAUGACGGACAGCAAAGCGUUGGUCAUGAUGCCAAUAAAUGGAAUGGAUAAAUCGAAGGAACUUCAGAAAGAAAUACUCAUGGAAAAGAUAAGAUCCAAAACUUCCCAAUACAAAAACCUAAGUGAAACUUCAAAAGCUGUUAGAAUGGCUUUACUGGAUAAGAAUUGGGCUGUUGAUAGUGUUGAUCGCAUGACACUCCAGAAAUGUUUGGAUAGCCUUCAACAUUGCAUCAAAGUGAGCUGCUUACAGAGUCUUAUUGAAAGACUAGCCUGCCUUUCUAGACAACUGGGCCUCAAGUUUGUUGUCGGAGCCACUGGAGUCAAUUUCUUCAUAUCAUCAGACAUGUUUUACUUGGAGAUACUCGUUGAACAUGAUUCUGGUUCUGUAAAAGACGUAAAAAUUCACCACGAGGGCAAAAUUGACCAACAAAGUUGUGAAGAACUUGUGCAGUGUAUUUCACGAGGGGACUUCUCUGACUUCUCGGCACAACUGGAGGGUCUCAUUGCUGUGUAUCAACUUAAUGCUGAAAUAAAAGUCAAAUCAAAAGCCUUCAGUGCACUUCAAAGUUUGGAAGAGGAUCUGUCAACUCUUAGGCAACUUCAAAGUUUCAUAAAGGAUCCCUUUGCCCAGGUUCAUAAGAGCCCUAUAGGGUUCUUACAGAAAAGAAGAGGAGGUCAUGCAAUGCGUCUCACGUACUUCGUAUCUCCUUACGAGCUGUUAGACAAGGAGAAGGGCCUGCUGCCGCUGACCACUGAGCUGUUGACAAUGGGCAAACCUUCAGCACCGACCGGCGUGACAUCCCUGAUGACACCCACACAUACUCCCAUCGGACACUCAGCCACUGUCCUGUUAGAAGGGUCCACCGCUAACAAGCUGCAGCUCGCACCGAUUAUUGCUAACUCUCAGAGAGCAGGAAAAAGCGGCGGGCCAGUAUACGCGAACCUGGUUCCGCAGAACAGCGCGAUGCUGCCGGCGUGCUUCACUCUCAAGCUGUCGCAGCCAACCCCGCUGUGCGUCGGCCUGGCCAAGCUCAUACAAGCUACUACUGAGGUAGAGAUAUCAGGUGACUGGUCCAAUCCGCAACCAAUGUUGGGGCUCGUCGCACAGCAGGCUUAUAACAAGCUGACGCCGGGCAAAACUAUAGAGUUAAACCUCAGCAAAGGACUAUUUGUUUGGCUACCGGAGCAGUGGCAGUGCUACUUCCUGUGCGAGGGGGCGCUGGUUGGGCGCGCGGUGACGUCGGUGCCGUUCACGCACCCCUCGCACGUUCCGCCCCUGCUCGCGGCGCUGAGACAGCAGGCGCUGUUCAACACGCUCGUCGCCAGCUGCGUGAGGCUGCAGACUAAACAAGUGAUAGACCUAGAGACGGUGAAGAUGUUCGAGGUGAGCGCGUUGUCAUGGCAACAUAUAUCCGUCUCGCUCGAACAUCCCAUCGACGAGAGCAUGUGCACGGUGGAACUGGACCUGAGCGACCCCGCCGCGCCGCGUGCCGCAGUACACACGCUGCAGGCGCCGCCCCGCGACCACGUCGACGACUACAUCACCAGGGUGCUGCAGAAGAGCCACUCCAUCCCUGUCACACUCAGGGCGUUGAUCAAGAUCUGGGAGCGCGAGGAUGCGGCGAAGCAAACCAACGGCGGGUACUCUGCGCUGGACUCAAAUUUUAACUGCGGCCUCGGCGGCCUCGACCCGGGGGGCGACAUCAAGCCCGAGCCGGGCACGCGCGGCCUCUACCCCUCCAACGUCAGCCAUCCCCACCAGGGAGGUUCAUAUCUCUCGGAGCAGCAACACCAUCUGUCCAUGAUGUGUCAGGAUUCGAACCCAGUUGACAUGAAGUCCCAAAUGUCUGACGACCGAAAAGCGAAGAAGCGGAAAGCCGAGACCGGCAUGUGGCCUAUGAACAAGAAAGGGAAGCCGGGUAUGAGUGAGCUCAUGGACUCCGAAAGUGACAGUGAAAACUCAGACGGAUACAACGAAGAUGACAAUACAAUGAACAGCAAUUCCACAAAUGACGAUAUCGAGGGCCGGGAGUCGUCAGUUUCGCAGAACGAAUUCGCGUCGGAUCUAGAACUAUCGGGAAUGGACGCUACGGACGCUUUAGGCCAAGACACGAGAGCUUCGUCCGAUAUGGACAACUCUAAUGAUGGAGAUGUUGAAGAUAUAAUAAGGAAUUCUUUUCACAAGUCUGAGCACAAAAGGCAAAAGCUAAAAAACAAAGAUUCCGAAUCAAGGAGCAGGUCCUCCUCAUCGCUCCUUCUGGACCUAACAGACGGCAAAUCCUACAUGCCGUCGUCUGUCAGCAUUACACCUAUAGGAUCGGGGUCAUCAAAGUCACCAAGCUCCGGUUCCGGGUCUAAUAUCUCGUCGAUGCUGUGCCUCGACCGGAGACCAGGCAUCGAGAUCAUUCCUAUCACAGCGGCAGCGCCCGCCGCACUUCCCAGCUCCAUAACCAUCACUCCCAUAACAUCCUCCCAAGUCAAAUCCCUGGACGAUCGCAGAUCAGACAAGAAGUCCAGUAAAUCGGGUGAAGAAAGAAGCAAGGAGAAGAAAAAGAAGCGGCGGAGGGACGAUUCAAUGGGUCCGCCAGAGAAAGUGCCUCCCAAACAAGACCCCCUCACCAAGCCCGUGUCCGUUAGCAUCAAACCGACCGACGGCUCCCCCCGGCGACCCACCUCACCAAACUCCAUCCUGCGGAAAUUCAGCCCGAGUCCGACGCAUGGCAGGUCCAUGUCAAUCACCAAGUCGCCCAGCCCCAGCGGCGUCAAAAAUUUGAGUAAGCCCUCCGGGUCCUCGAGCCACCACAGCAGCCCCAGACAUUCGCCGGUACAGAAUAGUCCGAAACAUCUCGCCGGGUACUCGAGUCCAAAAAACCACAGCAUCUCCUCCCCUAAGCACAGCUCGUCCGGAUCCGGCAAGCCGAGCAUGUCGACGCUAAAGUCGGCCACCGGCGGCUCGCCGUCCGGCAAGUCGGGGACCACCGGCUACGAUCUAUCUAAGAAGAUGUCCAAAGACAGCUACAGCUCCGGCUCCGUGUCGUCUAGGGACAAAGAGAAGAAGCAUUCCGGCCUGUCUUUUUCUAGUUCGGGGAGGAGUAGUCCAAAGCUAAAGAACCCUAUCAAAUUAAAACAACUAGAAAUCACACCGGUGACUUGCGACAGCCCGGUCACAGAACCCCUGAUAUCACCGCCGAAUAUAGAAGUCAACAAAUCGAAUAUUCCGAGCCAAGCUCGUAAAGGCAAGGGCUCCCUCGACGCGGUCAUAGACAAGUUGACGGCGCAGCACUGUAGCGUCGACUCCGAGGUCUCGUUGAAAUCGAGCUCGUCCAAUAGCUCGGGAAAAUUUUCCGAUCCAAAAAACAGCGCAACAAGCAGUAGCUUAAAAAUUAGCGAGAGCAAAAAUCAGGAGUACAUGGUCAAGCCGAGCUUGGACGGCAUGAAGAUCACCAUAAACAAGACGAGGUCGAAGGACUCGUCCAACUCCUCGAAACUGAACUACUCGAGCUCGUCCAAGCAGACGUCUCCCCAGCUGACCCCGCCGUGUCAGGGUUCGCCGAAAACCCACACGGGUCUCAAGCCCGGGGUCAUCAGCGGACCCGCCUCGAAAAAAUCUCAGGCGAUGCAGUCGUCCAAAUCUAGCUUGAGCUCCACGCCGCCCAAAGCGACCAUCUCCGAAUCGUCCGGCUCAGGGAGCCCCAAAGUGCCUUACUCCAAAUCGUCUAGCAGCAGCUCGACCGGAAUGAAUCUAUCCAAAUCUAGUUCGAAAUCGAGCUCCGGAUCUCCAAAAAACAGUAGCAGCGAAAUCUCCAAAAUCAUAAGGGAGAGAGAGCGGGAGAAGGCCCGAACGAAGCUGAUGAGCAACUCCGAAAAGUCGAUAUUCUCCUCCAAAUCCGAGCGCCACUCUAGCCCCAGCGGGUCCAGGGACGACGUGGACGGGUUCAAAAAUACGUCAAAAGAGGCAAAUUUUUUAGUCGAGGGCCUGAUCAAGCCGCUGGACACGAGUAAAUUUCAAAUACCCAAGUUAAAAAACCAGAACACUCCCGACAAGAACAGCCCCGUGUCGCAGUACGACAGCCGCGCCAUGGUCAACGACCUGAGCCGGGCGAUGGACCCCAAGUACCCCUUUCCGCACUUCGACAGCCCCAACAAAACUCUUGAAUCGCUUCAAAAGUCAGCGUACCCUUUGAUAAACGUACCGAAGCCCCUCCUGAAUAUGGGAAACAUGAGCCCAAAAACGAUGGCCCAGAGCAAGGACGCGGCAGACUACUCCAAGACGAUGGCCGAAAGUCUGACUAAAAGCGACAUGCAGCGGAAGGAUGACGCGAAGGAGGGCUACCCGGGGCCGUACCCGAUGAUGCCUCUGGACUUUAAGACCGACAUGGUAAAAGGGUUCGCGGCCCCAAAGGGGAUGUCGGAGAAUCGUAAAGGCGCGGACGCGUGUAUGAAGCCGCCAGCCAGCGGGUCGGUCGCGCGCAGCGGAGCCACCACUCCUCAAGAAGCGGCCGAGAUGCUCCUAGACUUUUCCUCGUCUUCUGGCAACAAGGUGUCUGGGCUGGUCGCGGUGCGGCCGGUGUACCCCGCGUCGCCGGCGCUGCUGCAGCUCAAGAGCCCAGCCCCCUCCCCCCACUCCAAUUCCCCCGGCAUCACGGACGACGAACUCAUGGACGAGGCAGUCGUGGGCCCAGGGAAAUGAGUGACGUCGCACCAAAUCGGGCCUUGUAAAUGUGUACACUAGCGACCAUAUUGGGAGAAUAUAGUUUCGAUUUGGGACCACGUUAUAUGGAUGUCAAAAUGCUCGUGUUGGAUUCUGUAAAUGUCCUUCCAAUUGAAAAAUAGCAGCUGACUAACAAUAAUUGCUUUUUGUAAAUAAAAUGUAUUCGAAUUAUAAAUCAUAUAUGAUUGAGUUAAUAUAAUCGCUUUGUAUUAUAACUCUAUUCUUCCAAUUGGGCUCUAAGAUCGUAACUUAUUGUAUACUCUUAUUUUAAUUUAGUUUUGAUACGUAUUUAUAUAUAAGCAAUAAGCGUACAUACUCUUUAUAGUAAUAAUUAUUAUUUUUAAUGUUUGAAUAUCAAGCUUAACGUUCAUGAGGACUAACAUAGUAUUCGUUUUAAAAAAAACAUGUUGACAACUAGUAAAGCGUAGUCAAAUUUCAAAAAAUUGUGCUCUUGAGUGUCCUAUUCAACUGUUCUAGAAACCUAGAUUACUUUACAAACCAUUUACAUUUUGAGACUGCAACUUUAAACCAAGUGACUUAGUUUGAGACUCAUCUCAUGUAAUUAGAACACAAAAAAUGUUAUUAUACCUAACUGUUGAUUCUAUUCGUGUUGUAAAUUUUCGCCGGUCGACAACGCAAAGCUACUGGAUAUCUACUAAAGUUGUGAGUAGUGAAUUGAGUAAACAAAAAUUUUGUAAAUAUCACUGUUAUGUUGAUCAAAAGUUAUAUAGGUAAGAUUUUCUAGAAAUAAAACAUAAGGAUAA